GACUUUUCUGUCUGUUCUGAAUGAAUGAAGGAAGAAGCCCUCGCGGAUUACGACCCUUUCUCCCAUUCUCCCAUCCAUACACAUUAAAAUUAACCAUCCCAUCCAUCCCAUCCAUCCCACCCAUCCCUUGUGAACUCUUUUUCCAUUUGCUUUUGCUUUGGUGGAAAUAAUUAGGAUCAGACAGGCAGACUGGCACACAGGCACACAGGCACACAGCCAGCCAGCCAGCCAGCCAGAGCGCGACCACAGGCUGAGAUUAAGGAGAUAAUUUACUAUUCAUUUUGCAAAUAUUGGCCAAUAUCGGCGCAACUUUAUAUCGUUUGAACCCUUGGAUGGAUGGAUGUAUCUUAGUAAAGUGUCGAAUGAUUAUUGCUUGCGAAGUGCUCUUUUCCCCGUUGGUCAACAGAAGCGUGGGAGCUCUGCUAUAUUUGCUUCUUGAGGGUUUGUUCACGGCGCAAAUCCUGCACGAAAAAGGAAAUCUUUGGAAAGCUGAUGUCUUGCUCUACAGUCCCGUUACCCAUGGCUUAAUGACGAUACGAUCAUCUUUUCGAGAUACCCUCUGCGAAUGCGACCUUAGACAUUCACGAAUCGAAGCGGCCGAUUUUUAAAGGACCUGUACACAUCGAUCAUCCAACAAUAAUUUACAUCAAAUACAAUGGCUGAUGAUGGGCCACCACCUCCUCCUCCCCCUCAUGGCACUCCGCCAAAAUCAUCCGGUCUGCCGCCGGGGAAUUAUGACAUUUUUAUCAUUCCACCGCAUGCGUCAGGUUCAGGAUUUCUCUAUUUACCGUCACUGCAACCAAAUGUCAAUAGUUUCGUAGCGGGGUUUGCCUCAGCGCUUGUGCUUGUCGCACUAACUUUCAUAUUAAAACCAUUCAUGGAUACCAUGAAAGGAGGUGGAGGGCCAGCAACCUUGAUUCUUAUGGUUGCAAUUGGGUUGGGAGCUUGGGCACUAGGGCGGAUGCAAUCGAACGGUGAGACCAGGCCCGGACCAAGUCAAGGAUCGGGUGCACCUCCGCAUGGUGGAUCAUAUUCAGGUGCCAAUGAUAACACAUACUCCAAUGGAUCGACUUCAAGUGGUGGGCCACGAACUUCAGGAACUGGAUUUUCACCUGGAUCCACAUCAGAGGGGGCUGGGGGUCCUCCACCUAAUCCGCAGGCCGGAUCUGGCGCAAGAAAAAGAUCAAGUGAAGGUUGUGAAGAAACUCCUCCUCCUUCGCCUGAUGCCGGUCCAGAGAUGCCGGGCGCAACACCCAGGUACAGUCCUGGCACAACUCCUGGCGCAAACGAUGACGCUCGAUCGAAAGAAAAUGCUUCGAGGACGGCGUGGGAAGAGGCUCGAGAAAGGACGAGAAGGAAGGAAGAGGAGAGAAGGAGGGUAGAGGCCGAGAAGAAGCGAAAGGAGGAUUUGGAAAAGAGGUUGAGAGAGUUGCGAGCAAAGGAAGCUCUUGAGCGAGCUGCCCGCGAGAAAAAACAAAGGGACGAACGCGAAGCUAGGGAACAAAAGGAAAGAGAGGAACGAGAAGCCAAGGAACGAAAGGAAGCAGAGGAACGAGAAGCCAAGGAACGAAAGGAAGCAGAGGAACGGGAAGCCAAGGAACGAAGAGAUAGGGAAGAGCUGGAAGCUCGGGAGAAGAGAGAACGAGCAGCGCGAUGGAAGGAAAGAGAGGAACGUGAAAGGUUGGCAAAAUUGGAGAGAGAAGAUCAACAGGCUCGAGAGAGAAAGGCAAAGGAGGACCGCGAAACUCGAGAACGAAUCAAAGCAGAAACAGCGCGAAUCAGGGCAGAAGCAAGAGCAAACUACGAUAGGAGACUUAAAGAAGAAUUGGCUAAGAGGGAAGCUCUAAGGAAAGAAGAAGAAGCCAGGAGGGAAGUUUUAAGGAAGGAAGAGGAAGCCAGGAGGGAAGUUUUAAGGAAGGAAGAGGAGGCCAUUAAGAGAGAGCAAGAAAAGUUACGACUAGAAGCUAUUGCUAGAGUAGAAGCCGACAAGAAAGCCAGAGCAGACAAAGAAAGGGCAGAGGCGGAGGCAAAAGCAAAGGCGGAAAAGGCAGAGGCGGAGGCAAAAGCAAAGGCGGAAAAGGCAAGAGCUGCUGCGAAAGCAUGGGCAGAUGCUAAAGCCGCGGCAGCAGCAAAACGUGAGGCCAAAGCCAGAGAAGAGCGCGAGAAGGAAGUAGCGGCGCAAAUACGUGAAGUCAAACUUAAGGAGGAGCGCGAGAAAGCAGCCGAAGUAGCAGCUCAAAUCAGGGAGCUCAAACUCCAGCAAGAGCGUGAAAGGGCAGCCGAGGUAGAAGCGCAAAUAAGAGAAGUCAAACUCCGGGAAGAACGUGAAAAGGCAGCCCUAGCCGCACUCGCAGCGGAACGGAGAAAACCGAAUACUUAUUCGAAUGCUGGAGUGGGGGAGAGAAUAAGCCCGUGGCCAAAUGGAAAACCGCCCACAGCAACACCCGCUCCCCCCACUGCCAGCUCGAUACCCCGACCUCAAGCACAAUCCACCGCAUCCAAGAAACCCCCGGUCUCAACUGCAAGAACGUAUGCAGGUACCGACAAGGAUUCCCAGUCCCACUCACCUUAUGCACAAUCGCCAAGGCCAACACGAAAAAAGUCACUCAGUUCCUUGUAUUCCGAAUCAUCAUACGCGGCCUCACAAUCGACAAGUAGAACUACCCCACCUCCUUCGACACGAGGAGCAUAUAGCACCAAGGAUCCGGACAAGAUUGUUAUCAAAGGUGUAUUCGCAUUCAAUAACGCAUUCCACAAAACCCCCACAUCUCAACUUCUAUCUGGUGUCGGUUCUGUUACCGACGGACUAAUAUUAAGAAUCACAACAGAGGGUCUCUUCAUUGAUGAUGAUGUACGAGGCGUCGCUCAACGAGAGUGGGAUGUCAAAGCAUGGACAAUGAAACUCGUAGAGGUAUGGUGCCCAUCUUUCAGACAAGCAUCGCGUGUUCCUCCCGCUACCACAGCGUUUAAAAAUCCCGUUCGACGCCUUUGGGGUCUCGAUAAAGAAUUGGCAGCAAGUGAAGAAGAAAAAGAUACUCUUCUAGUUAGUAUGCUGCAACUCUGUCGGGAUAAUUGUCGCGCUCGUGCCAUUUCUAGUUCUUCCACUGGGCAUUCUGCUAGUGGUUCUGUCUAUUCUGCCAGCUCUUAUGCUUCAUCUGAUACUAGAUCGUCUGUUUCAUCUGAUUAUGCUGAUUCCAUUGGGUCGUCUAAUUCUCCUUAUGGUGAGAAAUCAAAGAGAACCACUAACCAUAAUGGCCAGACUGGUGAGAGUAGAACAGCCGGUCUGCAUAUUUUGAGGGCGAGCAUUAGGGAUCAAGAAGGCAAAAAGUAUGUCUUUGUGGUUCAAGAAGGUGAGGCUUGGAAGGUAGCACUAGGAUUGCAGAGGUUGAGGAGGGGAACUCAGGUGAGAAGUUUGGGUGUUAGUGGCAUGAGUCCGAAUGAUGCAAAGGCUACACUGGAUAACUUGGGAUGGUUUUGAGAGUUGGGGGUGAUGGGAAGAUUUCAGAAUCUCUGGAAUACGCCAUGGAAUGUGGAGUUUGGAACGCGGAAUCGUAUCCCUCGGCGAAAAGGGAUGCGAGGCGAAUCAUGAGUCCCGAAAGUCAAAUCUAGCAUUUACAACACAACGGAAGCAUCAGCGAUGGAGUUUUUUUUUUUUUUUUUUUUUGUCUUUUUGUUUAAGUUUUUGUGUUUGAUACUACAGUAUUUUCACUCAUCUCAAGGAGUUUAUGUGUUUGUUUGCGCACGGGAGCUGUCGAGUUUUAGUUGGAACUUUCUUGUGGGAAUUUAGAAUGGAAUUGGGUAUCAGUACCUCUUCAAUUUUCUGAGGUGUUUGGUUAGAGAGCGUAUUGUAUGUAUCUUGAAUACCCGGUUCUGUGCUAAAGUUUGUGGUUUGAAGUAUGUUUGUGUGGAAUGUUUGGUAAUGAAAUGGGAUGGGGAGAGGGGGA